GCGGAAGUGGGGCCCGGGUCCCCGCGGCGGGGCUGGGGGCGCAGGCGCCGUCAUCUGCCCGGGCCCGCCCAGCGGGGUUCAGCCCUUUCCGGACCCCCCGCUCGAGCGCGCGGCCCCCGGAGCAGCGGUCUUUAAAGAUGCUCACAUUGCCUGAGCUUCUGCGCCCUUCCUUGGGUUCCGAACCUCCUCUGCUAUUGAUUGCUGCUCUUUCAUCUUCCUCUGGCUGUGUGAUCCCGGCAGCCGCUAGCGCAGGCUGCUUUGUGCAGCCGUCCCUCCCAGAGGGUGAGGUGGGAGUGCGGUGGGCGUUUGCCCCGUAGUAGGUUGAGUUCUCUCUCACUGCCCUCCCAGCUCCUUCAGCAGACACAAGGAGCUGCUGCUUUUUUUUUCUUAAGGUAAAGUUUGUAGAUAAAGCACAAAGAAUACAGACAAAGAAAGCGCCGGUAUCGUGAGCACAUGUGUAAGUCGGUGAAUUUACCCAAAGUGAGCCCAAUGCAGAACCUGCUCCCCCCGUACAUCUGUUUACUGUUAGGCUGAUUGUGUUUCUUCUCUGAUAUAUCUGAGGGCAGUUUUCCUUAGUUCCUGUCAAAGCUGUUUCCCAGCAGGGCGUGAUGGGUCCCUGGGCUGAGCUGGUGUGUCCUGGUGGCUGAUGCUGAAAGGUGGGCUGUGCUGGGUGGUCCCCGCUGGUGGUCACUCAGCCAGAAGUGCUGGCCCCUCACGGGCAGAGCUGCUCUCAUGACGAGCUUGGUGCCCACAUCAUGUGGCCUCUAGGCAUGUACCUGCCACCUGCUCUCUCCGGCCACUGAGGAAGUGGGCAUCUGGGGGCCUCUGCAGCCAGACCCAGAAGAGUCCUUUCCUGUUAGAACCUUCUGCCUCGAGUGGCCAGCCCCUCCAGCCCCUGGUUCGGGCUGCCUGCGGGGGUGGAGAGCAGCUGCGCUGGCCUCUUAAGCCCCGGGCAUUUCUGUGUGAGGCCUCUUCCACAGCCCCUCCAAGCUUCAGGAGAGGACUUCCCAGUCACUCCACCCCAAUGUGUGUGUCCUGCUCUGUUCCCUCGUCCCUUAAGGGCGUGGUGGGUACUGGGACCUACAGUCCAGGCUCAGGCCAAGCUGUGUCCCUCCCUUGGGUGUGAGGGGUUUCUGCUCAGGUGGGACGCCCCAUCCUCUGUGCAGGCGAGAUGGGGCUUUCCAAGUCUGAGGAAGACUCGCGGCCCACCAGCUGGCCAGCAGCACCACCACUGCAGCAAGGUCCUCCUGCCCUGUGGGGCCCUGGCGGGGAGGGCUUCCGUGGAGAAGGAGGAAACCCCAGCUGGCUUCGAGGCUUGGCAGGGGCCUGAGAGAAAGCGGGAGGAGGAGCCCAGGGCCUGAGAACUGCAGUGUCUCGGGUGGCUGCCUAGUCAGAGGCCACCCCAAAGGCUGCCGCGUCCAGCCUGAGGGCACAGGACCUGUGAGCCUCUAUCCCCGUCUCUAGGCAGCCACAUGGUUGGAGAAACAGAUCCUGGGAGGGAAAGUGCUCCGCUGGGGGAGGCCUGCUCUGGAGUGGCUGUGGGCAUGUCAGGGAGUACCAGGCACUGCCCAGGCGCCACAGUGAGGUCAGAGUGGAGGCCGAAGCCUGUGUGCACCGAGCCUGCUCCCCUCCUGCCACCACGGAGGGGCUCGUGGGAGCCAGGGACCCUGUGGGGCGCUGCCCGUCGUGUGCACGAGGGCUGUUUCCUCACCCAGCAGUGCUUUGUCUUACAUUUUCAUCUUCCUUCUUGCUAGUUUAGUAAGUAAAUCACGGCUUGUCAAGAUUUUAAUUUGUGUGACCUUGUUAAUGAGAUUGUGUUUUUCCGUGUGUUACACCUUUAAGAACACCUCUCUAAUCAGGUUUCUUAAAAACAAAUUAGAAGCCUGGAGUUCUGUUCAGCCCCACACCUCGGUCAGGUGGUGCUGAGGAGGCUGGUGCCCUGAGCUGGCCUGUCUGGAAGUGGAGAGAACAGCCCUGGGGGGGUGUUGCGUGCGGCCGGGGGGUGCUGGGCCUGGGGUGGAGGUGGGGGCUGUGCUCCAGCUGCCCCUUGGAGGAGCGUGGCCCACGUGAGGUGUCAGCCAAGGGACCCUGCGGCCUCCACCCCGGAACUGGAAGCCCUGUGGCCGAGCCUGGCAGGCCGUCCACCUGUGUCACAGCCUCGGUGGCAGGGCAGGGCGGCAGCAGCUGGAGCUGAGCUCUCCCUCUCUUCCAGCCUCCCAGCAUGGUGCUCAAGGCCUUCUUCCCCACGUGCUGCGCCUCCGCCGACAGCGGGCUGCUGGUGGGCCGGUGGGUGCCGGAGCAGAGCUGUGCCGUGGUCCUGGCGGUGGUGCACUUUCCCUUCAUCCCCAUCCAGGUCAAGCAGCUCCUGGCCCAGGUGCAGCAGGCCAGCCAGGUGGGGGUGGCCGUGCUGGGCACCUGGUGCUGCUGCCGGCAGGAGCCCGAGGAGAGCCUGGGCCGCUUCCUGGAGGGCCUGGCUGCUGUCUUCCCCCACGAGCCCUGGCUGCGGCUGUGCCGGGAGAGAGGCGGCACGUUUUGGAGCUGCGAGGCCACCCGCCGGCAGGGCCCCGGUACGCCCGGUGAGGACCAGGUCACGCUCAUCUUCUAUGACCAGCGCCAGGUGCUCCUGUCCCAGCUGCACCCGCCUGCUGUCCCGCCCGACCGCCAGGUGGGAGCCGACCCCACCAGCACGGGGGGCUUGGCCGCCGUCUUCCACACGGUGGCACGCAGCGAGGCGCUCUUCCGCAGCGACCGGUUCGACGAGGGCCCCGUGCGGCUGAGCCACUGGCAGUCGGAGGGCGUGGAGGCCAGCAUCCUUGCCGAACUGGCCAAGCGGGCCUCGGGGCCAGUCUGCCUGCUGCUGGCUAGCCUGCUAUCACUGGUCUCCGCUGUCGGCGCCUGCCGGGUGUUCCAGCUGCGGCCCCUGUCCUUCCUCGGGAGCAAGCUUUCCACCUGUGAACAGCUCCGGCACCGGCUGGAGCACCUCAGGCUCAUCUUCAGCACGAAGAAGGCAGAGAACCCUGCCCAGCUGAUGAGGAAGGCCAACACGGUGGCUUCUGUGCUGCUGGACAUGGCCCUGGGCCUCCUGCUGCUGUCCUGGCUCCAUGGGAGGAGCCGCAUUGGGCAUCUGGCGGACACCCUCAUCCCUGUGGCUGACCACGUGGCCGAGGAGCUCCAGCACCUGCUGCAGUGGCUGAUGGGCGCCCCUGCCGGGCUCAAGAUGAACCGUGCGCUGGACCAGGUGCUGGGCCGCUUCUUCCUCUACCACAUCCACCUGUGGAUCAGCUACAUCCACCUCAUGUCCCCAUUCGUGGAGCACAUCCUGUGGCACGUGGGUCUCUCGGCCUGCCUGGGCCUGACGGUGGCCCUGUCCCUCCUCGCCGACAUCGUUGCCCUCCUCACCUUCCACAUCUACUGCUUCUACGUCUAUGGAGCCAGGCUGUACCGCCUGAAGAUCCACGGCCUGUCCUCGCUCUGGCGUCUGUUCCGGGGGAAGAAGUGGAACGCUCUGCGCCGGCGCGUGGACUCCUGUUCCUAUGACCUGGACCAGCUGUUCAUCGGGACUCUGCUCUUCACCAUCCUGCUCUUCCUCCUGCCCACCACGGCCCUGUACUACCUGGUGUUCACCCUGCUCCGGCUCCUGGUGGUCGCCGUGCAGGGCCUGAUCCAUCUUCUCGUGGACCUCAUCAAUUCCCUGCCGCUGUACUCGCUCGGUCUUCGGCUCUGCCGGCCCUACAGGCUGGCGGCUGGUGUGAAGUUUCGUGUCCUGGAGCAUGAGGCUGGCAGGCCCCUCCGCCUCCUGAUGCAGAUAAACCCACUGCCCUACAGCCGCGUGGUGCACACCUACCGCCUCCCCAGCUGUGGCGGCCACCCCCAGCACUCCUGGGGCUCCCUGUGCCGCAGGCUGUUCUCCGGGGAGCUCAUCUAUCCCUGGGGGCAGAGAUCGGACAAGCAGGACUGA